AUGACUCGUGUAAUCGCUGAAAAAUUUAAUGAUGAGUCACUUAAUGAACAAAGUCAAAUUGGAGAAGCAGUAUUCAUUGCAUUGAGACAACUCAAGAAUUCAAAUCUUUCACAUUGUUUAUCAGAAUUUGCCAAACGAAAACAUAAUUUAUCUGAUUUGCUUCAAUUGAAUUCAACGAUAUUUUAUCAUCAUUUUAAUAAAACAACAUCAUUUAUUUCAUCAAAUAAUGUUCUUCUAUCGUUGAUGUAUCUGUUUGAAUUGAUCUUUGAUACUGAAAUUCUCAGGAUGUAUGUAAGAGAUGAUCAGAAAAGGGAUAUUUUACCUUUGAAAGAACUGAAACAAUUUUGGAAUGAAUCAUCAAAAGAUGGGAAAAUUAUGACAUACAAGCUUGCAACAUGGAUUACGAAUAAUUUGCAUAUGUUAAAUAAACAAGAGCUUCAUCUGAUUAUACAAGAUAUGUGUAAGUGCUCAAUGAUUGAAAGAAAAGCUCUGUCAGUGAUUGAGAAAUGGCUCGACUAUCGAAUGAAUAAACUCCUGAAGGUUUUUGCACACUAUGCUGCAUUACAAUUGUUUAUUGAAGAUUCAAAUAUUCCAGAUUUGAUCGAUAUUAUAAAUGAAAUGUUUUAUAUGGAUAAUAAAUUUAUUUGGGCAUCAAUUAUAGAAAACUUAAUUAACUCUCCACUUGUUAAUUCAAGUAUUGUUCGUCAAAUUUUAAUUACGUUACAUGAAAAUGUUCAUUGUUAUUCAAACUUUUCUGUUUCGAUUUCUUGUAAAGAAAUGUUUGAAUUAUUUCUCGAUUUAGAACUGAAAAGAGUUAUUUCAAAUGUACAUGAAUCAUCUAAAAUUUCAUUUAAUUCAUUUUUAUCAAUGAUUCGUUAUUGUUCAGGAGAUUUAAAUUUUUAUCUUGUAGAAAAUUUUCGCUCGUAUUUAAAUUUUCAAUCUGAAUUAGAAAAUACUAUCAAAGAUGAAUAUUUUGCUGUUGUUAUCAAAUGGAUGAAUAAAACUAUAACUUCUGAAAAUUAUCAUCAUGAUGCGAAAUUAUCGGAAAAUACUCGGGCCGUGUUUUGGGGGUUGAAACGUCGAAUAUUAGCUGAUAUAGACCAACCUGUUACAAAACUUUAUAAAGACGAAGUAAAAAAAUUGCGUCUUGAAAAUGGUACAGCUAGUCCAAUUACAGUCUUUGAUGCAUGGUAA